AUGGGAUAUAUAUCGAUCCUCACUGACCAACUGACCUCGCUCCAACAUGGCAUUCUCAAUAUCGGCCUCUUGCUCCAUUUCAAAGUGAUUCCGAGAUUAAUGUUUGCAUUGCCCUAUAUCUAUGUUAGCCUCCUUGCCAUCUCGGCUAAUUUCUGGCUUGGCACCGUUGCUGCACAGCAAUGGCUGCCCAAUGGUCCUACCGAGUAUUCUGCUCGGUGUGCUCUAGGCACCGAACUCUCAGGGGAAUACAUCUGUUUCACCUAUUACAACGACAUCAGAAGCGCUGCUUCCGGUGGUGUCUAUCAAGGAUACGCUAAUGCGUCUGGUACUGGCUUUGCCUUAGUCCCGAACGGCAACGGCGUUGAUGAAAGCUCGCAGCUAGACACCGCUGAUCGUCGGAUCGCCAUUACCUGGGGAGGCGAUAGUAGCGCACACGUUACCAUUCAGAAAGCCGAUGGUGGUGGAUGGUCGGUUCAUACUGAUAUGGACGUUCAGAAUCCGGAUCAUAGCUACAUAUUUGUUCUCUAG